UACACUCCGCGUCACUGUAAGGAUGAGCCAGUGGACCAGGUUAGAGGUUGUUUCACCGACCUCCGACGGAAGGACCCGAAUGGUUUUCCCGCCGCACGUGCAGCGUCAGAUUAAUUCCCGCGCUCAGAUCAGUGAAACGAAUGAUGGCCAGAAAUAUGCUAAGAACAAAAGUCUACAUUUUGACAGAAAAGAUUAGGCGGAAAAACGACCGGGGCUCUUUCCUAAUCACCAUGGCCUAUGUAGACCUUGAGAAAUCCGUCAAACAAAUUACAUUACCACACCUGAAGCACUUUGAAAACAGCCUUCAAAAAGGAAAAUAUUAUUUGUGCUCUAAUGUAGCAGCCAUCGGCGACACUGUCCGCCUUACAGAAUCCUCAAAGGUUUUUGAAACAUCUCCAUUCGAAAUGAACCAAUCUGUCAUUGACACAUACCUCAACCCACCACAAGAAACAGUCGAGGAAAUUCUCCAAUCACCACAAAAAAGAAUGGUUUCAGUCAGAGGUAUUUUACGAAAAUCAUCACAGAUCAUAGAAUCGCCCAAUAGUAAGAGGAAGGAGAUAACAAUAGAGUCGAUGGAAGGUACUUCCCGAGUAGUUUGUAAAUUGUGGGGAGACCAUGCCGACAAGUGUCUGCCGCAGAAUGAUGAAGUCGUGACUGUCUGCAACGUAGAAGUUGCAACAUUUAAAGAUAUAAUUUCACUAAAUUCAACCCUGCUUACUUCCAUAAAGGAAUCCGAAGAGAACACCAUAGUCGAAGGAAAAGUCGAAGGGGUAGAUUUUAGAGAGGACUUCAGCUAUCUCAUCAUUGACACAAAAACUUAUAAAGUAAAAACAACGGAACUGGAAAGAAUAUUUCCCAGAGGGUUCGAACAAGACAUACAUAUCAAAGGAAGCGCUCAUGGAUUUACCAUUGUUGAACUAGAGAAGAUCAACCCAGCAAAGAAACCUAAGAGAGAUUAAACUUUUCAAGAAAAGUACUUCUUUUGAACAAUUUGAACAACGCCCAUUUCAUUUCAGCUAUAAUUCAAAGCUCAAAUAAGCUUUUCUAAUCAUAAUUUGGUCGUCUGUCUAGCUGUCCGUCUGUCUGUAAACAUUUCAUAUUUUUAACUUCUUUUCAAGAACCACUGGACCAAUUUCAAUAAAACUAAACACAAAGCAUCCUUGACCACAGAAGACUCAACUACUAUCUUCAUAUGAAAGGCCAUGUAUGACCUCUUAUAAAGGGAAAUAAUGAAGACAUAAUUAAAAUUUUGUGGCAUGUUUGUAAAUCUCCUCAUCAAGAACCACAGAGUUGGGAAAAUAUAAAACUAAUCUGGAAACAUCUUCAAGUAUUGCACAUUACAAAAUUUGAUUUUUAAAUUAUGACCCCCAGAUAUAGCCUGAGGCCACCAGAUAUGAUCAAAGUUUAACAUACGAAUAUAUAAGAAAAAACUUUAAAAAAUCUUCUUAAAGACAACAAAUCCAUGAUCUUUGACAUCUUAUAUGUAUGCAUCCUCAGGUAGUCAUUUAAUUAGUUCAAAUCAUUAAAUGUCCCCUCAUGAAAGGGUGCUUUUCAAAUGAAAAUCAUAUUUUUAGUACAAAUAUUUAUAGGAAAAAAUUGAAAAUCUCUCAAGAAUAACAAAGCCAAAAUUGCUCAUAUUUACAAAAAAAAAAAAAGUUGUGUUAUUAUAUUUGUAUAAAUCAUGACCCCAAGGGUUAAGGUAAUUAAACAGUGGACAAUCAAAUUUAAUAAACGAAUAUAUAUUAAACAAAUAUUUCCUUCUGAAACAGCUUCAAAAACAUGCCAUUGGAAAUAUACAUAUCAAAACAUACACAACGCCAUCCUUAAAGAAAUGUUUGUUUAGAAUUGCCACCUGGGGGGUUUCAGACCCAUGAGGGAGGGAGGUUUUUUUUUUUUUUUUAAUUGAAGCUAAAUGAUUAAAAAAUCUUGGUGAACA